AACGUACUCGAUCAUAUUGUUUGGAGCAAGACUCUGCAUCUCGUGUGAUUUUAUUUAUUUAGUUUUUUUUAUUUGUUGUGCAAUUUUAUGUCCCGGAUUAUUACUAAUACUAACCCACUUGAUCUAAAGGGCAGGUAUGGCGAUUUCGUAAAACGGCGCAGUAUGUUGAGCAUUUACGACUGGCAGUAGCCCUGUUGGUUGGCACUUCUGCGCUGGACUGAAGUCUUUUUCUGAUGAUGCCCAUCAGCACCGUUUUCUAGCAACGGGCUCUUUCGUGGCUUCCCAAGGGUAAGGAUGGUCACAUGCUUAGAGGGUGUCGGUGACUUACAAAGGGAAUCAACAAGUAACACAGAGUCAGAUAGAAAGAAGGCAGUUAGAGGACAGCAGUUGACCCAAAUAAAGGAGUGAGAAAAUGUCACAGGUGACAGACUGACUUCAGAGGUGAACAGGUCAGAAGUCAUGACCCUAUGUAUUAAAAGUGAACCUGAACUCUGCUUCACCCAUCCAGUGGAUACAGCUGCCAUGCAGAAUCUUGAUACUGAGAAAACAUCACAACAUACUGACUCUCAGUACACUGAUGGAGAUGAAGUUGCCGUCCACCAAGACAAUUGUGGCACACGUGGAUUUACAACUGAAAAACCUGAGGUGCAGCUCUGUGAACAGGAUCAUAAAGAGAGAUCAGAAGCAGGCACGUUAAUUCAUGAUGAUCAGCCUGUUUUUUCCUAUCUGAAUAAGAAUUGCACUCAUGAAGAAUCUGAUUGGUCAGGCUCUACCCAAUCCAGAAGUAGUUCUAUUGAUACAUUUAAUAUAAAAUUAUACCAGCAACAUAACUCAAAUGGAAUUCUCUCUGCUUCGGAUUUUGUAAGCUAUGGAUCAUAUUUGACUUCAGCAAAAUCAAGGAAAACCCUUUCAGUUGAAAAAACAUAUAGUUGUAAUGAGUGUGGAAAGAGUUUCACAAAUACUGCUGCCUUAACGAGACACACGAAAACACACUCGACUGAAAAAAAAUGCAUCUGUGCUCAGUGUGGCAAGGGAUUUAUUAAUCAGUCAUACUUGAAGAAACACCAGAGAGUUCACACUGGUGAAAAGCCCCAUGUAUGUUCGGAAUGCGGACAGAGGUUUACUGUGUCAUAUUCUUUAAAAGUGCACAUGAGAUUUCAUUCUGGGGAAAAACCAUAUCAGUGCACCGAAUGUGGAAUGAGGUUUUUUACCCGAGCAACCUACAAGAACCACAUUUUAAACCAUUCUGGAGAAAGACCAAAUGUCUGUGGUCAGUGUGGAAAGAGUUUUAAGGAUGCAGCCUCUUUACGAAGACAUUGUCACUCUGAGAAACCUUACAGCUGUAGUGAAUGUGGAAAGAGUUUUACCAGGUUAUUCCGCUUAACUAUACACAAGAGAGUUCACUCUGGGGAAAAACCGUACAGCUGUACUGAAUGUGGAAAGAGUUUUACUCAGGCUGCAAAUUUAAAGAUACAUAUGAGAAUUCAUUCUGGUGAGAAGCCAUAUAGUUGCACUUUGUGUGAGAAAAGUUUCACACAAGGAAGUGGAUUAACAGUACAUAUGAGAACUCAUUCAGGAGAAAAACCAAGUAUGUGUGACCAUUGUGGGAAACAUUUUAAGUAUAUGUCUUACUUGAAAAGACACCUUAAAGUUCAUUUUGGUGAAACAUCACAAGGCAGAUUGGCAAUGACUGUUAAAACUGAAUCUGAUUCAGAUUGUGCCAAUUCAGCAUAUACAACCAUCAUACAGAGUACCAAUGUUGAUGAAGUCUAUCUGAAUGCAGGACAAAUCAAAUCUGAGCAUAUUGAUCCAGAUUAUGUUCAGGUGGCAGAAGACCCCAAUACACAGUGCAUUGAUAGUGAGAAAUUUACUGAAGCCAAAUUUGAAUCAAGAGGACGUCUAGCAAUUUUCAAGAACAUGGACAAUUCAGAUGCAAUGCAGGAUCUCAAUAUUGUCACAGUGGGAUUACAAGAAUGUCUGGAAUCUGAGCAAAUUAAAACUGAAACAAUUGAUCCAAGCUAUGACCAGGUGAGAGACGAUGUUGAUUCCCAGUUUGAUGAUGAUGACAAAAUGUCAGAUGUAAAGUGUGAACUGAGUGAUGGCGUAACAGAUUUUAUUGAGUGUGCAACUAAUUCUGAGACUGAGCUGUGUAAAGAGGGCGAAGAAGAGAUAUUUAAAAGGGUUUUAUUAACUCCAGAUACUGGGCAGUUGUCAUUUUCCAGAAAUGAUCACAAUAAUCAAGAAAGCGAUUGUGUAGAUUCAUUCCAAAUAGAGCAGCACCAGCAGGUUAACUCAAAUAUGAAUAAGCAUGGUUGUUUGGAUUGUGGAAAGAGUUUUAAAAGUCCUUCUACCUUAAAAAUACACAAAAGAACUCAUUCAAGUGAAAAAACACACAGGUGUAAUGAAUGUGGGAAGACCUUUGCAAAUCGGACUUAUUUGGCAAAACACGAAGAAACUCAUUUAACUGAAAAAACAUACAUUUGUGACCAGUGUGGAAAAGGAUUCACAAACAGAUCCUACUUAAAAAAACACCAGAGAGUUCACUCAGGUGAAAAGCCCCACAUUUGUUCUGAGUGUGGACAGAGGUUUACUGUAGCUUAUUCCUUAAAAGUUCACAUGAGAUUCCAUUCAGGCGAAAAACCGUAUCAGUGUGCUGAGUGUGACAUGAGGUUUUAUACCCGAGCAACUUUUAAAAACCACUUGUUAAACCAUUCUGGAGAACGGCCAAAUAUCUGUGGUAAAUGUGGGAAGAGUUUUAAGGAUGCUGCAUCCUUAAGACGACAUUGUCACUCUGAGAGACCUUACAUUUGUACUGAAUGUGGUAAGAGUUUUACUCGAGCGAUUCACCUAACAGUGCACAAAAGGAUUCAUUCUGGUGAGAAACCGUACACUUGUACUGUAUGUGGUAAAUGUUUUAGGCAGGCAAACUGCUUAACAAAUCACUUGUGGAUUCAUUCUGGUGAAAAACCAUACAGCUGCACUCUUUGUGGGAAAGGUUUUACCCAAGUAAACUGCUUAAAAAAACAUUUGAGGGUACAUUCUGGUGAAAGACCCAACUGCUGUGAACAUUGUGGAAAAUGUUUUACUGAUGUGUCAUAUUUAAGAAGACAUAUUAAAGUGCAUUCAGGGGAAAGACCUCAUGGUUGUACUGUGUGCGGAAAGAAGUUUUCUGACAUCAGUAACUUAAAAAAACACGAGAGAAUGCAUUCAAUUGAAAAAGGUGAUAUAGUAAAAACAGAGAUUUUAGGCCUGAACUCUUGAAGAAAACAAUUAAAACAUGCAUCACACAUAAUGUUAUCUAAAUGGAUACCCUAGAAAUUUCUAAAACUUAAGUUUAACAUAUUUGAAAUAUGUUCAAAUAUUUUAAGUAUUUUAAAUUAUUCAACAUUUUUUCUGUGUAAAGUGAAGUCCACUAGCCUUUUGUAGAGUGAUCAGCUCUUGCACAGAUAAAGCAAUUAUCCUUCAUGAAAAUUUUAUAAUGCUAAUCAUGAACGUGUAACUAUUUAAUCUGUUUAUCAAUGUAUACUUAUUCUGCCUAUGUAUGUUUACAUUGUCAUUGUUUUUAUCAUUUGUUUUAUUUUUUAAGUUUAAGUGAUCACCUCUUCCAGAGAUAAAGGUGGAAUUAAAAUGAUAAAAUUUUUACAAAGGAUAAUCAUGAACUUGUAACUAUUUGAUUUUAAUCUAUCAAUAAAUAUUUAUUUUCCGAUAUUCGUUUUAUUAUAUUGUCAUUACUUUUAUCCUUUAGUUUUUUAAGUUCAUAAGUCUUUAUAUUUUUGUAAAGAACCUAAAUGGUUUUCUGUUUGCUGCUGGAAAAGUUUUUGCAUGGAUUUUGCCUGUAUCAUACAUGUAAUGAUGACUGGUAUAUAUUUCAUUAAGCAUUCAUGCCACUUAAGCAUUUGAGCACAUGCAUUAAGCAUCACCCAGUGAGUCCCUUUCAACUUAUUUUUUCUCCCUGGAGUCUUACAGAAAACCAGUACAGUUAGGGGAUGACAAAUGUAGGCAUUUUUACCAAUAAUUUCACAAAGAAAGGAGGUAUCACUUUUAUGUUUUACUUAGUGCAAUUAUAAAAUUUACUUUUGAUAUGAAUUCGUAUUUUUGAACGUCUGAUUUUUAAAUUUUAUAACCUAAAUGUUCUUGUCAACGUCCAGUAUUUUAUUUUUUAAUCAUCUUAAUUUAGUGUAUUAUCAUACUUAGUACUGACUUAACUUUGUUGUCAUUGGGUACUGGCUUCGUUUCUUGCCUAAGGUGUUUUAUUUGUGAAUAACAUUUGAACUAAUGUUGGAGGUGAAAACCUGACUUUGUAAACUGUAAUUUGUCAUUAAAGUUUGGGAUUCUAUUUCAGUAGAUAA